AUGAGUGCCGAUCUCUUGGACCUCGAUAGCUUCUACUCGAGCCCUCCACCGCCGCAGCAGCAACCACAGCAGAAGCAGCAGCAGGGGGGUCAGUUUGGACAGCAACCAAACCUGCUGCAGCGCCCUCAACAGGUCACGGCAGCAUCGACUGACGUCUUUGACUUUACCAACUUCACCAGCAACAACGGCGGUAGCAAGUUGGCAGCGGCACCUCCCGCCCCUGCUCAACAGACUCAAACUCAGACUCAGACUCAGACUCAGCCAUGGCCGGAUUUUCAGACGCAGCAGCCAAGUGGUGCUAGCGCUGCCAGCAGCAGUAACAAUAACGGAGGAUGGGGUGACUUCGGCUCAUUCUCAUCGGGCUUCAUGUCCUCGACGCCAACCAUCCAUCAGCCUCAACCGCAGAAGCCGAUUCAGCAAAAUGUCGAAGAAGAUGAUGAUUUUGGGGACUUCGAGGUCGCCGAGCCUACACCUACUCAAAGGUCAUUCGUUCUACCGCCACAGACGAACAAGGCGAGGGCAUCACCACCGCCCAGGACUCGCCUUGCCCGCGCCUCGACGCUGGAUCUCAUGUCGAACAACUUGAUUGAUGUCAUCGAUAUGCCCAUGGGCUCCAACUUGGCACCUAUCCCCAGCCCAGGCUUACCUAGUCCUGGGUUAUCUGCGCAGCAGCCCAACCGGCAACCAAGCCCAGGCACAUGGAGAUCAGGGCCGUUGAAGCCACCAGCUAGCCCGAAUCUCUCGGCCCAGAGAGGAACUUCACCCAAGCCCCAGCCCAGCCCCAGGCUCAGGGGCCAGAUGCCAGUCAUAUCGAGAAACCCGAGUCCUGCCAGGAACUCAAGCCCUAAACCAACGAAGAAGGCUGACUCCAACAUUCUAUUUGAUGCGGAAGAAUUUGAGCUGCAGGGCGGAAACGACGACGAUGACGACGACGAUGAGUUUGGCGACUUUGAAACCGUCCAGACCCCUUUUCCAGGAUCGAACAUGAGCCCAACCUUGGAUUCCGCUCCAAAGCAGAAGCAGCAGAAGCAACCGCAGCAAACGUCCCAGCCGGCAUCCAUGGACUUGCUUUCUCUUGACGACCCUUUGCCUAUUUCUCAGCCUCAGCCGACGAGGCCGCAGCUGUCAUCCUUGAAUCUCAACGCGCCAGCUUCGCCGUACCCACAGGCACCAAAGAGCCUAGGACUCACCACUCCGACAAACGCAGAUUUUAAAAAGGAAGAAGACAAGCAAAAGUCUCCCUCACCCAUCACCGCCUGGCCAGCCUUCGGCCAGACAUCAUCUGACAAGCCAUCUGCCGCCGUCAAGAAGUCUACCAGUAUUGCCAAGCAGCCCACGGUGGAGGAAGAUCUCUGGGGCGAUUUCGAGGAUUUUGAUGAUGAACCUUCGGCUAUUGACUCCAGCAAGCCCCCCGAAAGCUGGGACUGGGACGCGAUUGACAACGUGAAGCCCACGCCGAAGCCUGCACCAAAGCCGGCAGCUGCUCCUGCUCCGACUGCCACACAGACAAUGACAAACCUGCUAGGAGACCCGGAACCUGCCCCGGAAGUCAGCGACGACGCCCCGCCGCCGAUCAACAUCCCUCCGCCCUCUGUUCUUCUUUCCAUCUUUCCCCAGCUUCUCGAGACCGCCAACACGGCCUUAUUCAAGCCCUUGAACGGCCAGAUGCCCCCGGUCAAGAAGAAGAUCCUCUCCGACCCCAAGACAGUAACCUUCCUCAAGGGCUACCUCACCCUCGCCUCCGUCGCGGCUCGGGUGAUCGCGGGCCGCAAGCAGCGAUGGCACCGCGACAAGUUCCUGUCGCAGGGGAUGGCUAUCUCGGCGGCCGGCGCAAAGGGCAUGAAGCUCGCAGGGGUGGACAAGGCGCAGGCGGCGCGUGAAGAUCGCGAGGCGGCGGACGUGAUCGGCGUGUGGAAGGAAAACGUCGGGCGGCUGCGGUCCGCCGUGGUGACGGCCAACUCGGCCCUGAAGAACGAGCAGCUCCGCGUGCCGGAGCUCAGCGAGACAAUGCCCGUCUCGACGGCCAAGGUCGUGCCGACGGCGCCCAAGGCUUGCAUUAUCUGCGGCCUGAAGCGGGACGAGCGAGUGAGCAAGGUUGACGUGGACGUCGAGGACAGUUUUGGAGAGUGGUGGGUUGAGCACUGGGGUCACCGGGCGUGCAAGAACUUUUGGGUUGAGCACGAGAAGCAGCUGCGGCAGAGGUGA